GCACGCCCGACGCGAAUGUUCGCUCGCGUUUUGAAUUUCAUUUUCGGAAAAACUCCGGUUGAGAAAAAUAAGUCUUGUGUAUGGCCAGUGUUGUUUCAUAUCGUGAAUAUAUGAAAGAAGUGCACCGUUUGACAUCUCAAUCAUCUUAAAUAAUUCAAAAUGGACGUCGAAACGAACUAGUCACACUAAUAAGUUUAGUGUGCAGCCAUGUUCGCUUAGUCAUUUAGUUCAAUAAAAACUAACUCAUAUGCACAGAGAGGCAUCUUAUGUAUUUCGGGAUUCUCUGAAGUUAAGACAGAAACUUCUACAAAGGACGACGACGUACUUUAAAGUCGUCGAAUUCGUCAAAAAAGACGCGAUACGAUACUUCACCUACGAUUACGAAAUCCACCAAACUUAAUCUAAGAUAAUAUAUUAUGAACAUAUUCAUAGGUAACGACUAUCACUCGAAGAACCUUGUCAAAUUGAAAACGAUUUGAUUUAUGUACAAUUAUUUUAAUAAUAUAUUGACAAUAAAUAAAUAUUAUUAAGAUUAAUUUAUUACACUCUUAAGUUUAGAAAUCGUUAACGAACUCGUAGUCGUGAAAAAGCUUUAUUCGGGAUAGUAAAAAAAAAUAUCUGUCACUGUCACAAUCGAUUCCAUUUUUAAAUUGAAAUGGCGGCAAAGGCGGAACCAAUCGGGCCAAGAAAUGGUCAUGAAUUGGCUCCAUUAAACACGAGGGCAGAUGGCUCUGAAAGGCCUCAUGGAGUCACAAUAGUACUUCAAGGAUCGAGGAACUCCUUACAAAGAGAUGCUCCGGAGGAAGAUAGGGCUGCCUGGUCCGGGAAACUUCAGUUCUUUUUAUCCAUUAUCGGUUAUUCAGUAGGGUUGGGCAACAUUUGGCGGUUUCCGUAUCUGUGUCAACAAAAUGGCGGAGGAGCAUUUCUCAUCCCCUUCUUCAUCAUGUUAAUACUGGAAGGCAUCCCCCUGUUCCUGAUCGAGAUGGCGAUUGGUCAAAAAAUGCGCCUCGGCUCCCUUGGAGUCUGGAACACCAUACAUCCCUGGUUGGGGGGGAUCGGAAUAGCCAGCUGCGUUGUCACGCUGUUCGUUGCUUUGUAUUACAACGUCAUCAUCACUUGGGUAUUCUUCUAUCUCUUCAACAGUAUCCGGCUUAGCGCAGACCAGCUUCCUUGGGCACAUUGUCCUCAAGACAAUGGAACAGCUGAAGCUGAGUGUACUAAGGCCUCAGCCACUGUCUACUAUUGGUACAGGGAGGCCUUGGACGCGUCCCCGAGUAUUGAAGAGCCUGGUGCUCCUCGUUGGUGGAUUGUCCUUUAUCUGCUUCUGGCUUGGAUCAUCGUCUUCUUCAUUGUUAUGAAGGGUAUCCAGAGUAGUGGUAAGGUCGUAUACUUUACGUCUUUGUUUCCAUACGUCGUAUUGACUAUUUUCUUCGUCCGCGGCAUAACGCUACCAGGGUCAGCUGAUGGUAUCAUUCACAUGUAUAAGCCGAAGCUCCAUAAAUUGCUAGAUCCAACUGUAUGGCUUGAUGCGGCUACUCAAGUCUUUUAUUCAUUUGGUCUAGCUUUUGGAUCUCUCAUCGCCUUCGGUUCCUACAACACCCCUAACAACAAUUGCGUUAGGGACGUGUUGCUUGUGUCCGUCUGUAACGCUCUGACCGCAAUCUACGCUUCUGUUGUCAUCUUCAGCAUCCUCGGCUUCAAAGCUUACACGAUGGUCGAAAAGUGCAUUACCAAGGAAAUAAAGGUACUGGCUAUGCACCAUAUCGGUGGUUUUAUGUUGAAUUCGACGCAAGAAUACUAUGAGGAGCAGUAUCCGAAUCUCCCUAACAACGUCACUUCCGCACUGAACAUUACCGGAUGUGCCAUGAGCAAGCAACUGGAUGAGGCUGCAGAAGGCACAGGUCUUGCCUUUAUCGUAUUCACGCAAGCUAUUCUAAAAUUGACUCCAGCUCCAUUCUGGUCCAUCAUCUUCUUCCUUAUGUUGCUCUCCCUGGGUCUCGGCAGUCAGAUCGGUAUUAUGGAGGGCAUGCUCUGCACCAUAUUUGAUAUUGAUUUCUUCAAAAGAUUCAGCAAGCCCGUUAUUACUGGUUUCGUCUGUACCAUAUGCUUCUUCGUGGGCCUCAUCUUCACGACUGGCGCGGGCGAGUAUUGGCUGAAGAUGUUCGACUCGUUCGCUGGUACCAUCGGCCUCGUCGUGAUCGCUCUGCUCGAAAUGAUCGCCGUCAUCUACAUCUACGGACAUGAAAAAUUCUCUAAUGAUAUCUACGAAAUGACUGGCUAUCGUCCUGGACUGUACUGGCAGAUCACCUGGCGCUACGUUGGACCUUUCAUCGUUUCCUGCAUCCUGCUAUCUUCGCUUAUCUUUAUGCUGCUCAAUCCGCCGACUUAUGGAGCUUGGAAUGCUGCAGAGGGUCGAGUGGAAAAAACUCCAUACCCAUCAUGGGUUCUCGGCAUCGCAGUAGCCAUGAUUCUGGCAGGCGUCCUCCCUAUACCUGUGGUGCUUCUGCUGAGAAGAUUCCAAUGCCUCGCCCUGGAUGUCGACAUCCACCAGGGCUCUAUCAGAAGGAUCGAAACCACCGUUUCCACCAAAGAGAUGAUGAGCGAUCAGGACGUUAUAUCGCCGGAGAGCGCACCGCCAGCUCAGCUGCUGCCAGACGCGGCCGCCAAGUUCACCAUCGGCGACUUCGAUGGUGUGGACAGCAGUGACGAGAGACCGACCAGACUUCCCACCAGCAUCGUGCGACGUCCCAAGAAAUAAAUUCUUCAGAUUCAGAGCAAACUCCACGCACGACCGAUCGUUUCGAAGAUUCGAGCAGUAGUGACGAGGAAAUUCUAAAUGCAAAAUAUUCAACCGGAACUGGUAUACGGUUAGCCAUGAAACCGAUCAAUUAUAAUCCCAA